GAUACUGAUGAGUGUGUAAUGACGUCAAUCAGGACUUAUGAGUCUUUAAUGCUACCAAUCAUAGUAUAUAUACGAGUCAAAGUCUUAAGCUGACCGUUACUGAGUUAUCCGAAUUCUUGUAAAGGUGUAAUUCAUUACUGCUGGUAUCAGAAAGAAUCCGAAAGGCGAACGGCAAUGAAACAAGAGAAGAAGGACGCCGAGGGUUCAUCGCCCAAGGGACUUUCCGGUUAUAUAAAAAGUCAAGACGUUACACGUAAAUAUAACGAAAAACUACGUUAUAUUGGUAACGAUUGUACAUGUUUGUGCGAACGUACGCGUAAUGAUGAGGUUGAUCUGCGUGGUGAAUUAGUUGAUUCCAUUUGUUAUGAUCCAAUUUCAGUGGAUCAUGGAUAUGUUGCAACUGGCGUGAGAUUCAAAAGACAUGGUAACAUAAUUUACCUUGAACUUCAACAAGGCAUAUUAUCAGGAGGACAAAUUGAUCCCAAUAGUUUGAAGUGGAAAAGUUCUGAUAAAUGUAGUUCAGCAAAAAAAGUUGUUUAUGAUUGGUCAAGUAGUUACACUGGUCUAGAAAUUAUAUUAGAAGAUAUGAAAUUGCCAGAGAAUGCAGUCGUAACAGGCAUCACAUUCGGUCAGUCAUUGCGUGGACGUUAUGUUGAUGAUAACGGCGAUUUCAAUGAUAAUGUAGAUGAAAUUGUAAAGGAAAGUCAAUGUUCUGGGAGUGUCUCUAGCUUAUCGUCACGUUGUUGGGGUUUUUUGUUACCGACGUCCUUGGUAGGAUCGAAUUACGAACUCAGUAAAUCAUGCGAAAAUAAAAUUUCAUUUUGUGGAUCUGAUGAGGGUUCUGAUUAUAUGCAACACGUUGUUCCGUAUGUCGAUUUACAGGAGAUCGUGACAGAUCAAAGUUCACCUCAGCCUAUUCGCGGAAUCGGUUGGUAUUAUCGCAGUCACCCUGGCUAUGGAGGAUUUUUGGCUCUCAAGAUAUUCAAAUAAUUGUAAAUUUUGGCGAGAAAAAAAUAAAUGUCUCCACUUAA